AUGUCUAAUGAGGUUCUACUCAAAAUGGGGGCGGCAGGAUUCAAACUCAUUUGCAACGCCUCUUUGGAAUAUGAGAAAACCGAGGUGAACUCUGGCUUCUUCUACAAGAGUGCUGGCGAGAGGGAGAAGCUGGUGGCUGCUGAGAGGAAGUUCAUCGAGGAGCUCGUGAAGAAGAUCAUCGAGCUCAAGAACGCAGUGUGUGCUGAUAACAACAAGGGCUUUGUGGUCCUCAACCAGAAGGGAAUUGACCCAUAUUCCCUGGAUGCUCUGGCCAAAGAGGGCAUUGUAGCUCUGCGUAGGACCAAGAGGAGGAACAUGGAAAGACUCACCCUGGCCUGUGGAGGUAUUGCCAUGAACUCUUUUGAAGACCUCACUCCAGAAUGCCUGGGCCAGGCUGGUUUGGUCUAUGAACACACACUGGGUGAGGAGAAGUACACAUUCGUAGAGAAGUGUGGUAACCCCCGGUCAGUGACCCUGCUGGUGAAGGGACCCAACAAACACACCCUGACCCAGAUCAAAGACGCUGUCAGGGACGGGCUCAGGGCCGUCAAGAACGCCAUCGAGGACGGCUGCGUGGUGUCAGGGGCUGGGGCCUUUGAGGUGGCUGUGCAUGAUGCUCUGAUAAAGCACAAACCCUCAGUGAAGGGCCGGGCUCAGCUGGGUGUGCAGGCUUUCGCUGAUGCCCUCCUCAUCAUCCCUAAGGUCCUUGCCCAGAACUCUGGGUAUGAUCCAAUGGAGACCCUGGUCAAACUCCAGACUGAGUACAAAGAGAGUGGUCAGCUGGUUGGUGUCGACCUGAGCUCUGGUGAACCAAUGGUCGCUUCGGAAGCUGGGGUUUGGGAUAACUACAGUGUUAAGAAACAACUCCUUCACUCAUGCACGGUAAUAGCCAGCAACAUCCUGUUGGUAGAUGAGAUCAUGAGAGCAGGCAUGUCAUCCCUGAAGGGCUAAGGUCAGAACCGAUGACCAAGAUGAGCUCUUGUGGAUGACUACCACUUCAGAUAUUAGUUAUUAGAGC